AACACGCAAAUUAAUUCUUUAAUUUCUCUGCUAAAAAAAUUAUUUAAAAAAUGGAAGUAGAUCCUGAUGAACCAAAAACUUCGCCAUCAACUUCCCGGUCACCUACACAGCAUAUACGCGAUAGGAAUAGACAAGUUGCUCAACAACAUCGGGAAGAGCAGCGCGCCAAGACCAUAGACACCGUACGGUUUGGGCUAGGAGAAGUUCAGGAAGAAGUGGAAGAACUAGACGAACUUACUGAACAAGAUAUCAAUGGCCUAAUUACGAGAAUUACACGUCGGAAACAUGCUUCAGCGGAGGAGAUGCAUAAACUGAGUGAAGCGUUUCUUAAGAGUAUGGAUAAUAUAAAAUUAUUCUUCGAAGCGCCUGGUGCUUUACAAGUUAUUGUAAAGGAAAUUAUUGGCCUCGAUUCGGGAUGUCAAGUCGGCGCGUUGGAAUGUCUGUGUAACCUAUCACUUGGUGAGGAACCGGUUUGUGAAAAAAUUAUACACCAGGGCGGACGUAAUUUAGUUCAAUGUCUGGAUAGUCCUGAUGAGCGCUUAAAACGGACAUCUCUGUGGAUAAUUGCCAAUACUAUUUCUACCAGUCCAAAAGCAGCGCAAACCAUAGUACAAAUGAAUAUAGUACCGAAACUAUUUUAUAUAUAUUUAGAUGAUUCCGGUGAAAAAAAUAUAGCAAAUGAAUUUAGGGAAGACGCAGCUGUUUGUUUACAAAUUUUGGUCAUGGGCAAAAAUCGCGCAGCUCGUCAAGAGGACAUAACUUUUAUUAAAGAUAAUAUGAUAAAAAAAUGUCGCAAUAGCGUGGCCGCUGAAUAUCACUUAAAAAUUAUAUUUCAUGCUGAUAUAGUGAAUCCUAGGAACGAAUUUAAUAUUGAACAAACACACCAUUUAAUGGAUUUUAUUUUGGGCAAUCUGUACUCCACUCCAGAUUUCGGAAGCAUAGCUAAUCGCCUGCGGAUCGUCUAUGCUAUUCGCGUAUUAUCGAAUAUGGUUCAAUGCGUGCCAACAACGACAAUCGAUGCAAUGAGGCAACAACUGCGCGGCGUAUGGGAAACACAUUUGGAUGUUUUAUUAAACAAAGUAUUUGAUUUUGGAGAGGAUCUACUAAGCUUAGAAGUCGUUUAUCUUAUAAGAAACUUAAUCCAUGAUAAGAGUCCACAACCAUUGCCUUGUCCAUUGGAUAGACUCCAGGUUCCAAACAUUGAUUAUGAGAAAUUAUUACCGCAGGAAUGGAAGUGAAGAGUUAAAUCAAGAUUUUAAGAAACA